AUGGGUGUUCCGUCAUUUUUCAGAUGGCUAUCUCGAAAAUAUCCAAAGAUCAUAUCCCCAGUAUUGGAAGAGCAACCUCAGAUAGUCGACGGUGUCAUAUUGCCGUUGGAUUAUUCCGCCUCAAAUCCAAACGGUGAGUUAGACAACUUGUAUUUGGAUAUGAAUGGUAUUGUUCAUCCAUGUUCGCACCCAGAAAACAAACCGCCUCCAGAGACUGAAGAUGAAAUGCUUUUGGCAGUUUUUGAAUAUACCAAUCGUGUGUUAAAUAUGGCUAGACCACGCAAGGUACUUGUUAUGGCUGUUGAUGGUGUUGCUCCUCGUGCCAAAAUGAACCAGCAGAGAGCGCGUAGAUUUAGGAGUGCUAGGGAUGCUCAGAUUGAAAACGAAGCCAGGGAAGAAAUUAUGAGACAGCGAGAAGAAGUUGGUGAGAUAAUCGAUGAUGCCGUCAGGAACAAGAAAACUUGGGAUUCAAAUGCGAUCACUCCAGGCACCCCAUUUAUGGAUAAGCUUGCCGCGGCCCUCCGUUAUUGGACAGCAUUUAAACUGGCCACUGACCCUGGUUGGAAAAACCUGCAGGUGAUUAUCAGUGACGCCACCGUCCCAGGUGAAGGUGAGCACAAAAUAAUGAAUUUCAUUAGGUCUCAAAGAGCUGAUCCUGAAUAUAAUCCCAACACAACGCACUGUAUAUACGGUUUGGAUGCUGAUUUAAUUUUUUUGGGCCUUGCCACUCAUGAACCACAUUUUAAAAUUCUAAGAGAAGAUGUUUUUGCUCAAGACAAUCGGAAAAGAAAUAACUUAAAAGAUACUAUAAAUAUGACUGAAGAAGAAAAACAAUUUCUCCAAAAACAAAAUUCCGAACAACCUUUCUUGUGGCUGCACAUAAAUGUUUUGAGGGAAUACUUGUCCGCUGAGUUAUGGGUUCCGGGUCUUCCAUUUACAUUUGAUUUAGAAAGGGCUAUCGACGAUUGGGUUUUCAUGUGCUUUUUCUGUGGUAAUGACUUUUUACCACAUUUACCAUGCUUAGAUGUCAGAGAAAAUAGUAUUGAUAUUCUCUUGGAUAUUUGGAAGGUAGUACUACCGAAAUUGAAAACGUACAUGACCUGCGACGGUGUCUUGAACCUCCCUUCUGUUGAAACGCUAUUGCAACACCUUGGCUCCCGUGAGGGGGAUAUCUUCAAAACUAGACAUAUUCAAGAAGCCAGAAAGAAAGAAGCUUUUGAAAGAAGGAAAGCGCAGAAAAAUAUGUCAAAAGGUCAAGACAGGCAUCCUACAGUAGCUACGGAGCAACUGCAAAUGUAUGACACACAAGGAAAUUUAGCAAAAGGUUCAUGGAACUUGACCACCAGUGAUAUGGUAAGGUUGAAAAAGGAACUGAUGCUUGCGAACGAGGGGAACGAAGAAGCAAUCGCCAAAGUUAAGCAACAGAGUGAUAAGAACAAUGAACUGAUGAAAGAUAUCAGCAAGGAAGAAAUUGAUGAUGCUGUUAGUAAGGCUAACAAAACUAAUUUUAACCUUGCAGAAGUUAUGAAACAGAAAAUAAUAAAUAAGAAACACCGUCUUGAAAAGGAUAAUGAAGAGGAAGAAAUUGCUAAGGAUAGCAAAAAAGUUAAGACAGAGAAAGCGGAAUCAGAGUGCGAUCUCGAUGCAGAGAUCAAAGAUGAGAUUGUGGCUGACGUAAACGACAGGGAAAACUCUGAAACUACAGAAGUAUCAAGAGAUUCACCAGUCCACAGCACAGUGAAUGUCAGCGAAGGUCCCAAAAAUGGGGUCUUUGAUACAGAUGAAUUUGUCAAACUAUUCGAACCUGGUUACCACGAAAGAUAUUACACAGCUAAAUUUCACGUUACUCCUCAAGAUAUUGAACAGUUAAGAAAAGAUAUGGUAAAAUGCUAUAUCGAAGGGGUCGCCUGGGUACUAAUGUAUUACUAUCAAGGUUGUGCCUCUUGGAAUUGGUUCUAUCCGUACCAUUAUGCUCCUCUGGCAACAGAUUUCCAUGGGUUUUCUCACUUGGAGAUAAAGUUCGAAGAAGGUACUCCAUUUUUACCUUACGAACAAUUGAUGAGUGUUUUACCAGCUGCAUCUGGCCAUGCUUUGCCAAAAAUUUUCCGGUCUUUGAUGUCUGAACCUGACUCUGAAAUCAUUGAUUUUUAUCCUGAAGAAUUUCCCAUAGAUAUGAAUGGUAAGAAGAUGUCCUGGCAAGGCAUAGCGUUGCUACCAUUCAUCGAUCAGGAUAGACUGUUAACAGCUGUUCGUGCACAAUAUCCUUUACUUUCUGAUGCUGAGAGGGCAAGAAAUAUUCGCGGAGAACCUGUUUUAUUAAUAAGUAACAAGAAUGCUAAUUAUGAGAGGUUUUCGAAGAAAUUAUACUCAAAGGAAAACAACAACAACAAUGUUGUUGUGAAGUUUCAACACUUCAAGAGUGGUUUAAGUGGUAUUGUAUCAAAGGACGUUGAAGGUUUCGAAUUAAAUGGGAAAAUUGUAUGUCCGAUUCAAGGUGGGUCACUGCCAAAUUUAUCUACCACCUUGAUUUUAAAGAUGUCCUAUAGAUUAAUUCCGUUGCCAUCGAGAAAUAAGUCUAUUAUACUGAACGGGUUCAUUCCGUCAGAACCGGUACUAACAGCAUAUGACCUUGAUUCCAUAAUGUACAAGUAUAAUAACCAAAAUUACUCCCGUCGCUGGAACUUUGGUAAUGAUUUGAAGCAAAAUAUUGUUCCAGUAGGACCAAAGGGUAUUACUCAGUACAAACCAAGAACUGGUGGCUAUCGAGCAUUCUUUUAUUUUGCUGAGCUCAGUAGAAAUAAUGUCCAACCCGCCCACAACUAUGGUAGGAAUAGCUACAACAGUCAACCCGGCUUCAACAAUAGCAGGUAUGAUGGUGGAAACAAUAAUUACAGACAAAAUUCAAAUUACAGGAACAAUAACUAUUCCGGAAAUAGAAAUAGUGGACAGUACAGCGGCAACAGCUACUCUCGGAAUAACAAGCAAAGUCGGUAUGACAAUUCAAGAGCAAAUAGGCGUUAG